GACGGCGUGCAUGUUACACUUGCCACUUCAGUGUAAGUGACGAUACGCGGCCGAGAGCGCGCGGAUUUCGCCACCGCGCUUCGCCAAAUUCGACCACCACCACCACCACCAGUAAAAAACCGACGACGAAUUCAAUCGGAAGUUAACUGAAUGUCUAUCAAAAUGCAAACGAAGCCAAAAACGCCAAUGUGAAUCAUCUUACCGCGUGUUUAAAACUCAACUUUUUCCCCAGUGCUCUCUCUCAACCCUUUAAAUUGAAAACUUCACCGCGAAACUGCGCUAAACUGCAAUUUUAAUUUAGUUUCGUGUCGCUUGAAUGCUUGUGCAGUGUGUUCCGCCUGGUUUACUCCCGCUUUGGUGGGCCUGAACGCCGCCGCACGGCGACGGAACUAAUAAAAGUGCAUCGUUAAAACACAAGCCGCAAAAUAUAGUUGCGCUUAAAGUUUUUUAAUUAAAACGUGUGGUGCAUUCAACCGCGCGACCAACCAGCUACGACGACGACGACCGGCGAAGAUAAAUAAAAUGUAUAUUCUCCGGCGAGGAUUUCUCUACUUGCUCCUGCUGCUAGGCUCAUGCUGUUUGGCGAACAUCGAUCGCCUGGAAUUGGUAAUGCCCAGGUAUGCAGUGCGCGGCGGCGAUGUCCUGCUCAAAUGCGAGCACAGCGUCACCCCGGAGGAAUUAUACAAAGUCGAGUGGCAGAAGGCCGGCACAAAGAUCUAAUACAUUAAGGACCGCAAGCCGCCGUACCGAUACUUUCCAAUGGACGGCGCCGAGCUGAACAAGGCAAACAGCAGCGCGAAGCAGCUCCAUCUGACUCGGCUGACGUUCGCCGCCGGUGGGUCGUAUUCGUGCGUCGUUUCGAUGGAGACGCCGAUUUUCAGCAAGGACUCCGAGAGUCAAACGCUCACGAUAAUUGAGCCGCAGGAGAAAGACCCGAGCAUUACGUUCGACAAGAACACGUACCAAGUCGGGGACGUAUUGCAGGCCAACUGUACGACGGCGCCCGCCCGCCCACCGCCGCACAUUACGUGGCUAAUCAAUGGAGUGAAGGUGGACGAGUCGCUGACGCGCGCGUUCUCCAACGGAAGGAUACACGGCCACGGCUAUUAUGAGCACCGGUCGCCGUCGAUGAAACAAUUGUCCAUCGAGGUGUCGGAACUGCACGCCGGGGACAACGGCGAGCUAUGGCUGACGUGCAUGUCGACGAUUCCCGGCUACAUCGGACCCAAGGAGAAGUACGCCGACGAGCGUCGGCAUUCGAUCCGAAUCGAAGUUGUAAUGACCGAGAUACCAGCUGAGAUAAAAUCGUCCGACAACAAUCUCGUCGAAAACAUAACAUCGAACCGACAACCGCAAUUGCACCCGGAUCAUCGAUCGCACUUCCUGCUUAUUUCCGGCUGGCUGGUGUGCAACCUGCUCUUCAACGCGAAAACAUAAUCUCGAAUAAGUUAGGCUUGCAUUUUAUACACACUAUUACACCCACACAGCCACGUCGCAGUGACAACAAUUUGUAGAAACUUGUAAGCCCCGCACACGCAGAGCAGGGGCAUACACGAAAAUCUAUGAGCAUAAAAAUACACGCGCGAAACUUGCGCUUCGAAUCAAACUUCGCGAAGCAUGCAAAUUUCCAAACGCAAAGUCUAUGAAAAUAUUUGAAGAAAAAAAAAACACAGAAAAAAAUUAUGGAGAUAUAUUCUUGUAAAACGUAAAGAAUAACAGAGGAGAUAUUAAAAUUCGCGUCGCGCGACCAUCGCGCACCGAAUUCGCCGCUGUGGUGAGCGAGAGAUAAAUGUUUUAUAUUUAUUAACGACUUAUUACUAAAAAUGAUUGUCUGAAUUGACGUUCUUAUGAUAAAGAUAACUGAGCAUGAUAACGCAUUAUAAUAUAUUAAUGUAAGAAUACUAGUCGACGAUGUUGUUAAUGGUAAUCAUGGAUAAUUGAGUGUUUCCAUAAUAAUUUCAUGUAAAUAACCAGCGAGAUCUGCGAGCGGCAAGAAGGGGGAGAGAAAGAAGAUCCCUGCGACUCGAUACGAUGUAUUUAAAUAAAUCAGGUGUGAGUAAAACAUGAUUUAGUGCUUUCCACUUCAAAAUUCAAAGAAAAAAUAACGUAAUAUGCUCUCUGAGAAGCCGUAGAGGGCGCGGAAGACGAUAGAACUAAGGCCAGAUUAUUUUCAUAAGCUUCAUAAGAAAUCCUGAAGAGUGAAACAUUGAAACUAUAUUUUUUGAAGCAAUACAUGAAUAAUUAUGCAUAAAUUAUCAAAAAACUUUUUGAAGUAUGAAAAGUGGCACUUUAAUCACGGACGACCAAAGCCGUGCUAAAGUACUAAAGUAAUAGUAUAUCAAGUAUCAAGUGGCUAAACGUGAGUUUUUGUCACGAGAUUGAUUAAGUGCCAGCGUAGCAAGCGUUUAAUCAAUCGAGUGUUUAACAACGUUUAGCCACAUGAUGCUUAAGCUAUUUUUUCUACUUUCACUCUAUUUCCACGUUGAGAUUUUGGAUUUAAACUUUUUUUAUUAAAUCUCGAAAAUUCGUUUGCCCACUACUGAGAAAUGCUCCACCCCGUGACUAAAGCCUGUGACUAAAGUACUUUAAUCACCGCUUUGGCUAUCAGUGUUUAAAAUACCACUUUUCGUAUCUAAAAACCGUGAAAAAACUAACACUUUAAAGGCAAAAGUAAAAAAUAAAUUAUUAAAUGUUUCAAAACAAUGUAGUUUCGACAUUUCACUCCAAAUAAUUAUUUUUAAGGCCUUAGAAGUGUGGCUAAAUAGAUGCUUGUGUAAAAUUGGCUUGCUAUGAUACACACUAUACAUAAAUGUAACAACAGCCGCGUAGUAAAGCAACAAUUGCCGCAGAUAAACCAAGAAAAAUACAAGUAUAAACACUAUGAUACAUAAAUUUAUGUAGCGCAGCAGGGUAAACCCACAAUUUAAGAAUCUAUAUAUCGUAAAAUGUAAAAAAGAAUAAGUAUAAAAUGACGAGAUUCUAAUUUUUGACUCAAUCUACUGUUUACUAUAUCUCUACGAAGAAAUGAAGAUGAAAUUUUAACAAUAAUCUAUUUAUCACCACCUUCACGAAAAUCAAUAAGGCAAUGCUUUCCAUGCGAUUGCGAUACCGAUAUUGCGUAUUAGUGUUGAAAUCGUGAACGAUCCCGAGAGCUUUCGCCGGCUUUCCGAAAUCAGCAACAUGAUGAGAAGCAGCAUAACCAAAAUGAAUUUAACGAUGUCAAUGUAAUUAUGAAAAUCAUGUCAAUUAAUACGCAAAUAAUUCCACGUUAUUUCAUUCUACGUUAUUCGCCAGCUGGGUUUCCGCAUUGCGUUGGUUUUCAUGCGACCAUAAACCCAAAGAACAAAAGGAAAUUGAUAACAAUCACCGAACGAUACAAUCAUUUUUCAACCGGCGCCGAUCGGUUCUGAAGAGUCUCAAUUUGAAAGCGAAGCCCUAUAUUUUCAUAACAAAAUCUUCGUAGGUAUUAUUUACAGGCGUGUGCGGCAUGUAGGUAGGAUAUUUGGGAGGCGCUCGAAUUUAGAUUUGCACGAAAUUGUCAACUCCCACAGCCACCCGGACGUAAAACGACCGCAAUACAAUCACAAUGAGAUUAACUUUUGACGAUUUUGGUUUUGAGUCUUUUUAUCCGGCUGAGUUUACGUUUUGCGUUUGGUCAUCGAUGGUCAAGAUCUUAUCACUGUUUGUACGUAUUUAUCUGUACCUAAACUAAAGUCAAUAUCAUGUCCCUAGAACUCGUGUUUGCCCUCGAACAAUCUUGAAUUUUGCCACUUUGUACAUACUCUUCGACGGGGACGCGAGCAUCGCAGAUCGAGAGAAACGGAUCAAAAAAUAAAACAUAAAAAAAAACAAAGCGGAAUGAGAGUCAAUAGCGAAUUAAUGGAUUUAGGUAUAAUUAUAUACAUAUAAUCCAACAUACAUAAAUAAUGUUACAUUAAUUAAUAUACGCCUGCUAAAUGGCCAAAAAUGUCUUCCUUAAAUAAUAAAUGUAGUGUUAAUAUUAAUAUAUAAAUAUAAUUAAUUACGAUGUUUACUAUUGGGGGGCGGCGAGCGACAAAGGACGCGCGAGGCACGAGAGGCCGGAAGGUCGACAGCCGUUAAACAAUACAAAAAAGAGAAUGAGAAUGAUUUGAAUUAAUGAAUCGGCGGAGACACA